CCCUCACCAGACACUUUCUCCAUCCUUCUAUCCAUCAUCUAUCUCUUCUCUUUCACACACACUCACACGCACACAGUCCACAUGCGCAUGUGUCUGUUUGACUAGCGCCUCAGUUAUCAGACUGCACCGAUCUGGGUCGGGGGGAGAAAACAGAGGAGAGAAAAGGAGAGGAAACAAGAGAAGAGAGAGAAUAAGGGAGAAAGAGGAGAGGAGAAGGGUGGGAGGGCUUUUCUUUUUCUCUUGUUUUACCUCUAUCUUCAAGACUCCAGGAGGACAGGGGAGUUACUGUGACUCUGUGAGCUUCAGUGCAGAAGACAUCUGACACGUUUACUUCUUCACCUCUCCUCUUAUCUUUCUUCAGAGUGUAAGUCCUGAGCACUGGCUGAGACGAGUGUAAGUGAGCGGCCGUUUUUGUGUUGACAAGGAUGGCUCUCUCGUGGUGUCUCUGCCUGGCCAUGGCCCUCUUUUCUGGCCCCGGCACAAUCUAUGCCUUGGCACCUGAAAAUGAAGUGACAUUACACCCCACAACAUGGCUGAGUGAAAACAGGGUCACACCAGUACAUCUGCCUAAAGGACACACUCGCAGACUGUAUUUCACACUAAAGAAGAAAGCCGAUUUGCUGUCUGUUACUGUGAGCCCCUGUGCAGUGCCCAUCGAAUGGAGCUUGGCUGUUCGGACCCUGAAGGAUAAACCACCUAAGAAAGCACACUGGAGCUCCAAGAAGAGCAUGCCUGAGGUUUGGUGGAGAGGUUCUGGAAGAGAGGUUAGGAUUUACACCUACACCGGCAAUGCUGUAGACACCUACACCGGUCCUGCCAACGCUCCAGCGUCCAUCUACAUCCUGCGGCUGAAAUCAAACGAACAGGACACGCAGGUGUCAGCAUACCUCCACGAAGGUCCUGGUCCCUCGGGGGCUUUCCCUGAACUGCCGUCGGACCCCAGAGUGCACACGCUGGGGGUGGGCAUGACCAGUGUCACCUUAAACUGGGCUCCAAGCUCAUCUAUAGCCGUUAAAGAUGGUCACCGGCCACAUCGUGAAUAUUGUGUCUUAGUCAACCACAAACAUAACUACCGAAAUCUUUGCGCUGCUCAUGAGGGAAUCCGAAAGGAGAUACAGAGUAUGCAGAAGAGACAAAGGAGGGACAAACAAAGCAAAGAGAUUGUGUGGGCAACAAGUAAAGAUUGGUGGUGGCGGCAGCCAAAUGCCCUCAAGGAUCAUGAAUCAUCUACGACUGACAAGUUUGAGGACACUGGGUGUGUGUGCAGGGACAUUGAAAGUGUGUGCACGGUUUCAGACCUGCUUCCGAAUACACAGUACUACUUUGAUGUGUUCAUAGUGGACAGGGUUAAUGGCACGAGUGUGGCCUACACCGGCACUUUCGCCCGUACGCAUGAGGAGGCUCGAUCAGCCAUCACAUCCUUACGGGAAGGCCAGGUCAAAUGGGUCACCCUGAGCUGGGAAGCAAGCAGUCAGGGGGAUCAGUUCCUAUUUAAACCUCGCGGGUGGCAACAAAAUGGCCUGCUUACCUUGCAUACCUGUAACGGCACUAGUAAAGUCAAAGUCAGCGUCUCCAGUAAAGGACAGACUUUGACAUCUCAGGAGGUGGGACAUCAGCUUGCCCAGAUAUGGUUGCACGGUGCCCCUUCAUACCUCAUCCAGCUCCAGGCCUUAAUUCCAGGUUCCUCAUCGACGAUUCCUAAAGGUGAUUCCAAAAAGUCCAAAUUCUGUCUCAAAAUGCAAGCGUCGUCAGCGUACCACCGCCGAGCCAUGCCGGUGUUUCCCACCACACUACAGAUUAAGUCUUUCAACAAGUUGCGGACCUGCAACUCCAUCACUCUGGCCUGGAUGGGGACCGAAGAGCGGAGUCUCUAUUGCAUUUAUCGGCGGCAGAUCCCACUCGACAGCAAGCACACCUCAACUGAUCGUUGCGUCGACCCAGAGUCCCGUCCUGCCGAUGAGAGAGUCUUCUGUAAGUAUUUCCAGGAGCUGGACCAACGGCGGGCAGUCACAACAGCAGUGGUUGGUCAACUGGAACCAGGGAUGCUAUAUGUGUUCGACGUCUAUCUUAUGAGACGCUGGGGACUUCCAAUUAAGUACCACAGCAAGACGGUGAGAACCAGGAGUGAAUGUUGAGUGGACAUCUCAGAAUCUUGCUCUCAGUGGAGAAGGACUCAAUGGAGAGAUAUAACGCCACAGGAAAGCCAAUAUAAGGCCAGAGAGGGAACUAAUGGGGGCCUUGAUCUGGUGCAGUGAAGGUCGAAUGUGACCACUGAAAGACAUAAUAUAAUAUGCCAACACACAGACACACAAAUACCAAGAGAGGUGAGACCAAUCUCACACCAGCAAAGACUAAUUGACUUUAUUCCUGUACUAAUGUGUGUGUUGUUGUUGUCUGUUGUUAAUUAUACAGUAUUGAGUGUCUGAAUAACAGAAUCUCUCUCAUCUCUUACACAAAAGAGGACCGUGCCAAAAUAUGCAAGAGAAACAGCCGGAGGCCUUUGAGCACCAGUGCUAAACAGAGCUGUAUCAGAUCUCUCAAUCUGCCAUCAGACACCAAGUGAGUGAUGGGAGAGAGAGAGCGAGUGAGAGAUGUGUGAAGUCAGCAGAGAUGUAUAGUAACGAAGUAGAACUACUUCGCUACUGUACUUAAGUACUAAAAGGCGGUAUCUGUACUUUUCUAGAGUAUUAUUUUUUUCUCCUACUUCCACUUUUACUUCGGUACAUAUUUUCGCUGAGUUUAAUACUUUUACUCCGAUAUUUUUUUUAUGUGCUGCAUCGUUACUCGUUACAAUUAUAAUAAUGUUACGAAUCAUUCCAUUACAAACCACUGCCAGAACUGUAGAUGGCAGGUUUGAUGAAGCUGGCACAUCAUUGAGCGAAUCAAGCGAGACUGCGCGUGCUGACUGAACUGCUGUGAAGUGUGAAGAGAGAGAUGAACACCGAGCCGAGCCAGAUAAUGACUCGUUCACGAGUCAAGAACCGGUUGCAUCGGUUUUCGGAUGACCAGUAACGUUAGUUCUUUCUGACAGUUCGAUUCAAUAAACCAGUUGAAGAAAACAGUUCACCGAUUCUUUUGCACUCGAUGCAAUGGCGUCAUUGGCGUCAUUGGCGUUGACUGCACAUGGGCUCAUAACAUUAACACAGAAUCAGUUCAGAAUCAAUCACCAAAAGAAAACAGUUCGGUUCCAGACGCUCUGUGUGUCGGUUUGCUUCACGCUAAAUCACACAUGCGCAGUAUCAUCAGCUCCUCGGUUCACGAAUCGGACGCGUCUGACACAAACGGUUCUUGACUCGUGAACGAGUCAUUAUCUGGCUCGGCUCGGUGUUCAUCUUCAGUUCUCUCUUCACAUCAGUUCAGUCAGUGUACUGUUUGAAUCAAUGAAUUACUCCGGGAUAUUGGUUUGUUUUAACUCAGAGGGAGUGUCAGACACAUUAAACAAGUUAACAUCUUAAUUCAUCUGUGGAUUAAUGCGUAUUGGAGACGCGAACUGUUUAAAACGAUUCAGUUCGAUUUGGUGGACUGUUUCAAAAAGAUCCGGUUACAUCGAAUGAUUCGUUCGCGAACCAGAUAUCACAAACUGCUUUGUUUUUAACUGUCUUAAAACAGACACGGAAGAGAAGACAAUGCUGAAUAAAGUCAUAGAUUUUGCUAUUUUUGGACCAAAAUGUAUUUUCGAUGCUUCAAAAAAUUCUAAAUGACCCUCUGAGGUCUUAUGGGUUUGAAACAACAUGAGGGUAAGUUAUUAAUGACAUCAUUUUGCAAAUUGGGCUAACUAACCCUAGUAACAGUUUUUUGUUUACAAGAAGUUACAGUCAAAGGAAUUGUGAUUGUCCUUUAGGUUAAUCAUUUGAAAUAGUAAAAACAAUAUGUUCAAACUUUUGACUUCUUUCUUUAAUAGCUACAUAACACAAUACUUCUACUUUUACUUUCAGUACUUGAGUAGUAAAUUUUAAAAUAGACUACUUGCAAUACUUAAGUACAAAAAAUGUUGAAUACUUUAGUACUUCUACUUAAGUGUGGUGCUUAAAGAGCACUUCUACUUCUACUCAAGUCACUUUUUUGAUAGAGCACUUGUACUUUUACUCAAGUAUGGUUCUCUAGUACUUUAUACAUCUCUGGAAGUCAGUGUGUUGAUUAUGCUCUGCUAAAGCAUGCAGCAGGGAAAAACGAGUUAGCAGUUUGCUUCGUUGUCUGUGAUAUGAUUAUUGUGCUGCGUUUCUGAGCACUAAUAAAAACACAGUUAACAACCA